CUCUAUUAGGUUAAAUUAAACACUAACAUGCAUCACUUCUCCUUUACGCUUUCCUUCUGAACCCACGGAUCUCCUUUUCCGCAGGAUUUUCAUUUCCACCGGAAAACCCAUCCAUAACCUCUUCUUAUUUCUCUUAGAUCCUUGUCUGUUUGAUGAUUUCUUGGUGGUAUCAAGAAAAGAUGAUCAGUUUCUAGCUACCGAUUCCUUGAGAAAAAGCAAAUGGGUUUCAGAGAACACGCUUGUUUCUCUUCAUUCUUGUGUUUUCCGAUCUGGGUUUCGGCUUUCGGUUCUGUAGAUUGAUACCCAAUUAGAAAUAAAAGCAAGAAUUUAGGGUUUUGGCUUUGCGUUGGCGUGAAUUCUGGUAAAGCUGCGAACUUUGGGGGUUAUCGGAAUGAUUCAGCUGCUAUUUCUGGUCCUGUUCGUAGAGGGUGCGAUUGCAUUCCUAAUGCUGGUGAAGAUUGGUCCUUUAAGAGAGCUUGUCAUGAAGAGCUUGGACCAGCUAAAGAUGGGGAAGGGCCCUGCGACUGUGAAAACCAUCGCUGGAACCAUGUCUGUGAUUCUUUUGUCGACUCUCAUGAGCAUCGUCAAGAUCCAGAACAAGGGUGCCAAACUCGGUACCAUGUCUCCCAUGGAUCAAGUGCUUUGGAGAACCCACUUGCUCGAGGCUUCUUUGAUGGGUGUUGUUCUCUUCCUCGGUUUCGUAAUCGACCGGAUGCAUCACUACCUCACAAAGCUACUGUAUUUAAGAAGCAACAUCGGUAUGUCGAAAGAGGAGCUCGAGAAGCUUCAGAAGGAGAGAACCGAGCUCAAGGAGAAAGAAGAGAAGGCAUCUAAGGAAAUGAAGCAGCUACAGGAGAAACUGUCAUCGCUGUCUCAAAACCUCGAAAAGCUGGAAGCCGAAUCCAAAGAUAAAGAUAAGAAGCUCGAAACCGCUGAAGCCCACGUCUCGGCUCUGCAGAAACAGUCUGCGGAGCUGUUGCUGGAGUAUGAUAGAUUGCUUGAAGACAACCAGAAUCUCCAAACCCAGAUUUUGGGUGGAAACAAGAGCUGAUGAAGAACAACAACA